AUGGCGUCGGCCGCGGACGACUCAAUUAAUGUCCCCGAGGGAGUGGAACCUCCCACCGCGAAAGAAAAGGUCUUCUUCGACGAUCGAGGCGACCUCACUCUUAGAGUCGGCAAUUUGGGGGAUGGCGGCGCCGACGUGUUCGAAUUCGUCGUCUGCUCUAGAGCACUCGCGCGAGCGUCUCCAGUGUUUCGAGCAAUGCUCUUUGGUGGAUUUUCGGAGUCGAAGCCCGAGGGCGACACCUGGAUCGUGAAGCUUCCCGAAGACCGCCCUGCGCCCUUCUUCAUUCUCCUCAACAUUAUCCAUGGUUGCUUCAGCGCGGUCUCGCAGAAGCUGGAGCUGGAUGAGCUCUACCAGCUGCUUGUUGUCACGAACAAGUAUGACAUGUUGUCGGUCAUAUUCCAGUGGGCGCCAAUCUGGUUCGAACCUCACAGGUACCUCGAUGAGAUCUCGGAAGGGAACGAAAGAUUAUUGUGGAUUGCCUGGGAGCUCGGAGAGGAAGGGACCUUUAUAUUGAAAUGUCGAGACUUCGUCCUUAGGUCCAAAGUCAACACCGAAGGGCAGAUCGUUGACAAGACAGGGGUCCCUCUCAACACUUACGAUUGUUAUGAAGCCAAUGGCAUAAUAGAUGACAUCACAAAGGCUCGACAGGAUAUUCUGGAUGAAUUGGUUUCAGACUUUCACGCCGCCAUUCGGGAUGGAUUAGAAGGCCGAGGAUGCAAAAAAGAACGGCCCAAAGAGCAGCCUGAAUCGCACUAUGCUGGCUAUCAUGGAUAUGGCAAUCCUCCUCCCAAGACUCAUGCCCUGUCUGCGACCGAUUGGAAAGCAAUUAAGGACCGGUGCAACGACACUGCCCUGGAAACUAGAACACGCUUUCUCGGAUACGUCAACGACCUUUGGUAUUUGGCUUCCGGCCUCCGAUCUAAAAGUCAAGCAGUCCACAAGCAUUGCUCUCCUUUAAAUCAAAUCUUGGACCGAUUCGAAAAUUCGAGGAGGGGCUUUAAGUCACCAAUCUCGGACAACAAUCUCGACUACAUGAGGAACCAGGCCAAGAAGACUGCCAUUGGCAGGGAUAUAUCAGCAGAGACGGGGGAGCCGCAAAAGAAGAGACCCAGAUUCUGA